GCUUCCAGAUGACCCAGGAGGUGGUGUGUGACGAGUGCCCCAAUGUCAAAUUAGUGAAUGAAGAACGAACACUAGAAGUAGAAAUAGAGCCCGGCGUGAGAGAUGGCAUGGAGUACCCCUUCAUUGGAGAAGGUGAACCUCAUGUGGACGGAGAACCCGGAGACUUACAAUUCCGAAUCAAAGUUGUCAAGCACCGUAUAUUUGAGAGGAGAGGGGAUGAUUUGUACACAAAUGUGACAAUUUCACUAGUUGAGGCUCUGGUUGGCUUUGAAAUGGACAUCACUCACUUGGAUGAUCACAAGGUACAAAUUUCCCGGGAUAAGAUUACCAGGCCAGGAGCCAAGCUCUGGAAGAAAGGGGAAGGGCUCCCCAACUUUGACAACAACAACAUCAAGGGCUCUUUGAUAAUUACUUUUGAUGUGGGUUUUCCAAAAGAACAGCUGACAGAGGAAGCAAAAGAAGGUGUCAAGCAGCUGCUCAAGCAAGGAUCCGUGCAGAAGGUGUACAAUGGACUGCAGGGCUAUUAGGAAUGAAAGAAAUCAGACUUUGGUUGAAGUAGGUGGAUCAGCGGUAUUUAUUAUCUGCAGGGGUUUUUGUGUGUGUUUCAUUAUUUUCAAUAUGCAAGUUCAGCUUAAUCUUUUUUUUUUUCC